AUGACUCGCGAGGCGCGCAACUUUCAGUUUGACUUUUUAAAACCGCAACACUCGAAUUUUGCCUAUUUUACGAAACUCGUUGAACAGUACACCAAGAUUCUCAUUCCUCCAAAGGACAUAGUGCAUAGGCUGAACCGCGAGGCGGAAAAUUCCAAGGGUUUGUUAGAGUCUGUGCGUUACAGAGUAGAAUGGGGUCGGUAUCAGAAGCGGCUAAGGGAGCGCGAAGAGGCGGAAGCGGAGAAGGAACGCAUCGCUUACGCCCAGAUCGAUUGGCAUGAUUUUGUCGUCGUGCAGACGGUUGACUUCCAGCCACAUGAGAGCAUCAAUUUACCGCCACCUUGUUCGCCAAAGGAUGUGGGUGCCAGGCUUCUGGCCCAACAACGCAUCGAGGCGCACAAGACGGCAUCGCAGACUAUCGAAAUGGAGGUCGAAUCGGAUUCGGAUGAGGAAGCAAGUGACGCAGCCAAAAGGGAGGGUGUCGCGUCAUACAAGGAAGACCAGGCAGCCGCUCAACGGAGGUCUACUGCUGAGUCAGAGCCGACCGCGCAAGGCGUCGUCAUCCAGUCGAAGCCAAAGGCUGCUUACGAAGUGACUCAGCCUGUGCCUGCACCUCCGAAGCCAGAGAAUGUCACUGUUCGUAAGGACUACAACCCCCAUAAUAAGCCUGUGGAACAUGUGAAAUCGGCCGAACAGAAGUGGGUAAUUUCACCGCUGACCGGUGAGAAGAUUCCGGCUGAUAAACUGACCGAGCACAUGCGCUACAACACGGACGAGGAACCGGUGUUCGCACCUGGAACAGACAUCAGUGCUAACAUAAAGGCAUUCGCCGAACGCCGGUCGGACAUUUUCGGCGUCGGUUCCAAGGGAGCGGAGCAAACGAUGAUCGGCAAAAAGUUGGGCGAGGAAGACGCCCGCAGAAUUGAUUCGAAGGUUAUUUGGGAUGGCCAUACAGCGAGUAUUGAGGGGACCGCUAAGGCGGCCCAGUCGCAUAUCAGCAUCGAGGAGCAGAUAGCGCAGAUUCAUCGCGCACAAGGGCUGCUGCCAGACGAAGGCAAAGAACGCAUUGGACCUCAUGCGACCGAUACCGACGAGGAUUCGAUGGACGCUACACCCUCCUCAGGCGCCACCGGCAGUAUCACGUCAAAGGGCUCAACAACAUCAUCGGCUGCGGCGAUUGCUUCCUCAGCCUCUUACGGUCUCCGAUCGGUCACUGCCGCGGUGGUUCCAGUGGUGCCUGUCGCGCCACCGGUGGUCAUUGUCCAACCACCUGCAUUGGGCGCUGUUGGAGCUCUGUAUUCCGCUGCCGCUCCAUCUGGCACGGUACCAACCGCGAUCGGAUAUUCGAGUUAUAAUUUGCUGAUGGAAGAGGAGCCACCCAGUAAGCGUCAGAAGAGCGUAGAAGAUUUGCUACAGCCGGAAGAGGAAUGGUUGAAACUGUAUUUGGAUAGAGGCCCAAUAACCGUGCACGUGAUAACGCCGGUAUCGACCAUUAAAACCAAAGUUCAAGAACUUACCACAAUGCCGGCAAGCAAACAGAAGCUGAUAUACGAAAAUAUUUUCAUCAAAGAUUCCCUUUCUCUGGCUUACUACAACAUGCUCAGUGGUUCAUUGGUUCAACUUCAGCUGAAGGAGCGCGGUGGCAGAAAGAAAUAA